GCUGGCAUUUCAUUGGCUCAAGAGACGACUGUCAGUCUUGUCUAUAGCACCUGCGUGCUCCUAGCCGCUUGACGGCUGCACGUGAACUCACAAAACCCUUCUGGAUAUCCGUUCAUCUUCAGCCACCCGUUGUAGGAUGGAAGAAGCAGAGCUCUUAAAGGAGCGCCUUCAAGCUAUUACGAAUAAGAAAAAAAUCCAAGAAGAAAUUGCCCACAAACGGCUUGAGAUUGACAGAGAGAAACUAAAGCUUCAACAUGUCAAGAAAAGAUCCAUGAGAGAUCUGUGGCUCAUGGAUGGGAUGAAUAGCAGUAAUGCACAGGAAACACAAAAAGCUCUUGAAGAUGCACAGCAAACUAAGCAUCUCAAGAGCACCAUACAUCGGAUAGAGAAAGAGAUUGAAGCGUUGGAGAGAGAGGAAAUUAACAUCUCAACAAAUGAGGGGCUGAUUUUAAAGAGGCUCAAAGUCAUUGAAAGGUCUCCAGAGGACAUCAUUAAGGCAGUGCAUGCAGAUUUCACAACAGAGCCAAUCUAUAUUCAGUCAACAAUUCCAAACAUGCGAAAGCCCAGCACACCCCUAAUAAAUCAGAGGAAGAAACAAGACCUGGAAACUGAAGCAAAAACCGACCAACCCAAACCUGCUUUGUUCGCCAUGGAAAUUAACGUUCAGAAGGAUUUGCGCACAGGUGAAAGCCAAGUCCUCUCCACCUCCACCAUUUCUCCCCAAGAGCUCCAGCAGAAAGGCAUCAAAGUAUAUGAUGAUGGCCGUAAGUCCGUCUACGCCCUGCGUACGGAUGGCCACCAGCCUGGUGCGAACGGAGUGGAUGAACUCAGUCCUGUUGAGGUCGAGGAGCUGCUGAGACAGGCGUCUGAGAGAAAAAAGAGGUCCAAUCAGGUUCAGGAUUCCUACAACCUCUCCCAUGAGGCCAGUAAAUUCCAAGAGAGCCACAAAUCCAACGGAUACCAAGAUCCAUAUAGCGUUGACUUAUCGGCAUGGCCUGAGCUUGUGUACAGUAAUGGUGUGUGCUAUCCAGAGAAUGUGGGUCAUGGACUUCCUCUCCUGCCUAUGCCUAACUACAAUGAUAGACCAGAUGAACGCUAUCACAACAGAGGGGAAAGACACACACAUGGACAGUAUUACAAGCAAAGAGAGAACCACCAGGGAAUGCGACUUUUGGAUUGUGACAUCAGAAACCACAGUCCAUGUUCGGCCUACUCUGAGGACUCCAAACUCAGCGUGCUGAAUGCCAUGCCAUCGGACGAGCCUGUCACCAUGAUCUUCAUGGGAUACAAGAAUGCCGAAGAUGACAGCCAAAGCUGUGAGGCCUCAGUUCGGGCAGAACUGGUGAUCAUUGGAGACGGUGAAGAUGAAGCAAGCAAGAGCUUGAUCCCCCAUCAAAACUCCAAUGCCUUUAUCUCCUCUGCUGGACGAAAGGGCAAAAGAGACGGCACGGAUGACCCGUCCACUACAGGUACCCCAAAGAUUAAAAAGGUCAAAAGGAGACACAAGCCCUGCUGUGUGUUGAUGUAAUUUCACUAACACGCUAUCGGCUCUUCUGUGAUGCAGCUUCUCACCAGACUGGCUUCUCUCACUCUGCAUGCUGGACACUGAUGUCUUACGUUGUGCUUUUCAGUUUUUCAGUGUCUUAACAAACUGCUUUCUAUUGUUCAUGUUGGCAUUUGCUUAUGUUGUCUGACAAUGUGUGUAGAAACACACUGUUGUAUAGGUGUAGCUUUAGAUCAGGGGUCUUCAACUGGCGGUACUGCGAUAAUCAUUUAAUCUCAAAUAAAUUUUUUGUUGGUGAAAGAACGGUAUUAAAUUAACUAAAAAUCACUGCUGAAGUUCAUCUAAAACACUACUGUUCAAAUGUUUGGAGUCGCCAAGAGAUUUUUUUUUUUUUCCUUUAAAUCUCUUGCUCACCAAGGUUGCAUUUAUUUUAUCAAAACCCCAGUAAAAAACUUAAAUAUUGUAAAAUCAUACUAUUUUCUGUUUUAAUAUAUUUUAUUUAUUUUAUAUUUAUAUUAUUUAUUUCUGUGAUGACUCCAGUCACAUGAUCUUUCAGAAAUUACUCUAAUACACCAAUAUGGUGCUAAAGAAACAUUCCUCAUCAUAUUUGAAGAUGGUUGUGCUGCUUAAUAUUUUGUGGAAAUACUGAUCUUA